GACGUGUGGAGGCGUCUCCAUCAUUCGAUUUUUCAAAAUUCAAACUUUCCUUCGCCUCAAAGCAAAUUCAUGCUCCGCAACUCAGCAUUUUCCCUUAUUAAUAUUUAGGGUUUUCAUCGUCGUUGUUUGCAUUGUCUAAAUUCUUGAACUUUUUGAGGGGAAAUUGCGGUGGUGGGUUUUGAAAGCUAGAAGUUGGAGCUUCAAUGGCGGAAGAAGGUGAUGCUUUUUACGUUGUUCGGAAAGGCGACGUUAUUGGCAUUUACAAAAACUUCACGGAUUGCCAAAACCAAGCCGGUUCUUCGGUAUGCAAUCCUUCUGUAAGUGUGUUCGAAGGCCACUGUUUGCCGAAGGAGGCUGAGGAGUACCUUGUCUCCCACGGCCUUAAGAAUGCUUCUUAUACUAUCAGUGCCAGUGAUGUGAAAGAUGACGCUCUUUUCGGAAAACUCGUUGCUUGCCCUAUCCAGCAGCCAGAUUCGCCUGCCAAUGACUCACCGCCAAAGAGAUCACAUGAGGCGGUUGGGGCUACUGCAUUCCCGAACUCUCAGACUCAGAGAAAGCAUUUCAAAUCUGAUAUUCAAACUGAAGCUGUUGCAAAUUCAUCUAGUUGUCAGCCAGAUUCUUCUAUAGUAAAAUCAGCUGCCAAGGACUCACCACCUAAGAGAUUGCAGGACAUGAUUGGAUCUACUCCAUUCCCGAUAUCUCAGAGGAGGCAUUUCACACCGGAUAACCACAUUGAAAAUCUUGGAAUUUCUUCUUUUUGUCAAACCUGUAUACUUGAGUUUGAUGGUGCUUCAAAAGGAAAUCCUGGACUAGCUGGUGCAGGGGCUGUCCUACGAGCUGAAGACGGAAGCGCUGUGUACCGUUUGCGUGAAGGGGUGGGAAUUGCAACAAAUAACGUUGCAGAAUAUCGAGCUGUAAUUCUGGGAUUGAAAUAUGCUCUUGAGAAAGGAUAUAAACACAUUCGUGUUAAAGGAGACUCUAAACUUGUCUGCAUGCAGGUUCAAGGUCUCUGGAAAACGAAAAAUCAGAACAUGGCUGACCUGUGUGAAGUGGCCAAGGAGCUCAAAGACAAGUUUAUGUCAUUUGAGAUCAAUCAUGUUCUUAGGGAAUACAAUUCUGAGGCUGAUGUUCAAGCAAACCGAGCAAUAAAUCUUCGAGAUGGACAAGUUGAAGUGGAUUGGAAUGGGAAGUAGCUCAAACAAAAUGCUGGGAAGGGGAAGGCGUCGUUUUGUAAGCCGAAAGAAUUAGUCCAUUAGAUUCGAACUUGUUUAAACAUAUGCAAUCAGAUUCUGUUGGGUAAAAGAUGUUUCGAACUUCUCAUGGAACAAAGCACUCCUUGAUGUAAAGUUUUCAGUGCUCAUUUUGGAACCCAAAACUUAUUGCUAAUAUAAGGCUCGUUUGAGAGUGCUGAUGUUGGAAGCACUUUUGCUCA